AGGAGUCGUGUUGUGCCGCAGUGCCAUUACUUUUUUUUUUUUUUUUUGUGUGUUUUUGACUUGCUGCGUUUUGCCUCUUCAUUGGAAAAAAAAAACCCUUCAAUGGCGUCCUUCAAGUCGUCUCCAUAUUCAUCAUAUUCCCUAUCAAAUUCAAGAUCGGCAUACGACGUGUUCCUAAGUUUUCGAGGCGAAGACACUCGCAACAAUUUCGUCGAUCAUCUUUAUACGGCCCUAGUUCAAAGAGGAAUACAUGUGUUCAAAGACGAGAAGGCGCUCCAUAAAGGCAAAUCGAUCUCCAGGGAGCUGCUGAAAGCCAUUGAAGAAUCGAGGUAUGCAGUUGUUGUUUUCUCUAAAAGUUAUGCCGACUCCUCAUGGUGUUUGGAUGAGCUUGUCAAAAUCAUGGAAUGCCAAGAUCAGAUGGGACAGAUGGUGUUGCCGGUGUUCUACCACGUCGAUCCAUCCCAUGUGCGUAGACAGAAAAGAGACUUUGAUACCGCCUUUCAGCAACACGAGGAAAAUUUUAGGGAGGAGAUGGAUAAAGUGCACAAGUGGAGGAAAGCUUUAGCUGCAGCUGCCAAUUUAUCUGGCUGGCAUGUUUCUGAAACAGGCAAUGGGGGUGAAUCUGUCAUUAUCAUCAAGAUUGUGGAAGAAAUCUUAGAUGGUAUACAACCACCCAUUAUGGAGAAAAAUCUAAUUGGUAUUGAGUCUCGUAUAGACGAAUUAUAUUCAAUAUUGGGUAUGGAACAGACAGAAGAGGUGCGCAUGGUAGGGCUAUUGGGAAUGGGAGGAAUUGGUAAGACAACUAUUGCCAAAGCUUUAUUCCGAAGAAUUGCUCAUAAGUUUGAGGGGAGUAGCUUUAUUGAAGAUGUUAGAGAAAAUGGUUCUAGUAAAAAUGAUAUAUGUGGCUUACAAGAAAAUAUUCUAAGAGAUAUUCUAGCGUCACGUCGUGAGUUUUUUAUUAUAGGUCCUGAGCAAGGAGCCAACAUGAUACAAAGAUUAAUUUUCAAUAAAAAGGUUCUUCUAGUUCUUGAUGACGUGGAUGAUAUUAAGCAGUUAGAGUUCCUAGCUGCAACACAUGAGUGGUUUGGUCCUGGAAGUAGAAUCAUUAUAACCACUAGAGACGAGCAUUUGCUAUCAGGUGCAGAUGCCAAGUACAAACCUGAUUUUUUAUUUAUGAAUGAAGCAGUUGAGCUCUUUUGUAGGCAUGCUUUUGGGAAAAGUAGCCCUCCAGAAGGGUAUGAGGAGCUCUCACAUCGUGCAAUACGUUAUGCUAGUUGCCUUCCUUUAGCCUUGAAAGUUUUAGGCUCAUUCUUCCAUGGAAGACAACUAGGUGUGUGGGAAAGUGCUUUAAAUAGACUAGGAAAAACAUCAAAUGAUAAGAUUCUCGAGACACUGAAGUUAAGUUUUGAUGGGCUACAUGUUUCUGAAAAACAAAUAUUCCUAGACAUCGCAUGUUUCUACAAGGACCAAAAUGAAGAAUAUGUAACUAGAGUACUCGAUAGCUUUGGUUUUGACCCGGUGAUAGGGAUUAGUGUUCUCAUCGAAAAAUGUCUUGUAACCAUUUCAAAUAAAAAGCUAGAUAUGCAUGAUCUCAUACAGGAAAUGGGAUUUCGAAUAGUUCGCGAGAGUUCCCCAAAUAGCAGGCUAUGGCAACAUGAACAAAUCCAUGAUUUAAUCAAGGGAAACAAGAAUCUAGAAGCAAUUGAAUCCAUCAUGUCGGACAGUGAAUACCACAUUGAUGACUAUGAUGCAAAGUUGGGUUUAAGUGCUGAUGUUUUUGAAAGCAUGAAAAAUCUUCGGCUACUUGAUAUUGAUGGGAAAUUCACUUCUACCCAACCUACAUAUCUCCCUGAUGAGUUGCGAUGGCUUUGUUGGAAUGAGUACCCAUUCUUGUUUCUUCCAUUAGCAGAUAUGUGUAAGCUUGUUGGGCUGGAAAUGGCCGAAGGAAACAUUAAACAUCUAUGGGAGGGGCGAAAGAUUCUUCCGAACAUGAAAUUCAUUCACCUUGAAAGCUUGUGCAGCCUCACAUCGUUUCCAGAUGUCUCUGGGGCCCAAAAUAUUGAGAGGUUGAUUUUGUCAGAUUGUAGUAGUUUGUUGGAGGUUCAUGAGUCUCUUGGAUCUCACCAAAGGCUUGUUUACCUUGACAUGAGUGGUUGCAGGCGGCUCAAGCGUCUCCCAUCCAGGAUCAAGAUGGAAUCCUUGGAGACUUUAAUUCUUUCUGGAUGUAAGCGUCUUGAAAGAUUCCCAAAAGUCUCCCCAUGUAUGGUAAAAUUAUCACAUAUAAAUCUUUAUUCUUGUUCUGGAAUAAAAGAACUUCCAUCAUCAAUCAGAUAUUUGUCUAGCCUAAGUUUCUUGAAUCUCACAAACUGUUGGAACCUUAGGAAUAUACCAAACUCUAUUUGUGAGUUGAGGUAUCUUAAAUGCCUUCACCUUCACAACUGCGUGAAACUGAAAAAACUUCCAAAGAAGCUUGGAAGCAUGAAAAUAUUAGAAGAGCUCUGGUUAGGAUUUUCGGAUGACAUUAAAAGCAUGAAAAAACUGAAAGAGCUUCGGAUACGAUCUAUCCGUGACAUUGGGGCAUUAGUAAGGCCUAGGAAGUCUAUUGGUUUUCAUAGUUUGACAAGUUUGUCUUCCUUGAGAACCUUAAAUCUGAGUUGGAGACAAAUUGAUGAGGAUAACUUCCCCAAAAAUCUUGAUGCAUUUUCCUCGUUGGAAGAAUUAUAUUUAAGUGGCAACACUAAGAUAGUCCAGUUACCUGCAAGCAUUUUCCAUCUUUCUCGUCUUAAACGGCUAGAGAUUAAUAAGUGCAGUCAACUUCAAAGUUUGUGUGUGCUUCCGCCAAGCAUUCAAGUAUUGAAGGCAAAUGACUGUAUCUCGCUGAAAAAGAUCAGAAGUUUAUCAAAAGAGAGUGAAUGGUUGUAUAAGACAUGGCUAAUUCAUUGCCAUAAACUCCUAGAAGAUGAAGAGAAUCGUAGAUACCUUGAUGAAAUGUUGCAGAAAUCUUUUGUGGAGAAAUGUGCUGUUGUGAAUCAUCGUUUAAGUAUCACUAUUCCUGGAAGCAAUAUUCCAAGCUGGUUCAAAGAAAAAAAGGAUGGUUGCAGAGUACCACUCAAACUACCUCACAAAUGGCAUAGCCAAAUCCUUGGUUUCGUGGUAGGUGGCGUGUUUGAUGGUGAGUGGCGGUCUCAGUACUUUUUUCCUCGAAUUAUCUUUAGACUUAUAAGUGAUGGAAAUUUGAUUCCUAAGUCAGAGGUUGAUCGUAUGAAGAACACAACUAUGACAGCUGAGAAUAGGGGGAAUAUAUGGAUUACCUAUAUACCAUUGGGUUUCUUUCAGCAGAUGUAUCAUGAUCUUCAACCUGAAGAUUGGUCUCAUAUUCAAGGUAAUCUUCACAUGACUAUAAUGUUAACAAGUGGUGAACAAUCUGUAAGAUGUGGGGCACAUGUGAUCUACAAAGAAGAUUUCCAACAUAUAAGAACAAAUAUGUCAGAUUACGGAAACCUGGUGCAUGUCGAUGAUGAUAACUAUCACUCGAAUCUAAGAUAUGAUGAAAUUAUCCCUGGCAGCACUUAUGUGUAUGAAGAAAAGUCUGAUGAGAAGAGCGUGAUGCCUUUAAGAAGUAGAACAUCACAAAGGUGCAACACGAAGAGCAUUUAUGCCAGCUUUGAAACCUUAUAUGCUAUCUGAUCCUUUUGUUCCUAUGUUACCGGUUUUAUUUUUCUGCUUGCAUAAUCACGAAGAUCUUGAUGCCUCAUUUUUAGCUUUGGACUCGGCGAGUUGUAGGCCCGACUCGCCGAGUAGAGUUGGGAUUUUGAGCACGUUUAAGUUGGCGACUCGGCGAGUCCACAUUCUGGACUCGGAGAGUCCCCCCUGUCUGGAUGAAACCCUAAUUUCAAGGGUUUGCACCCUAUUUAAACCAACCUUAUGCGCCCCAAGCCCGACUCCUUUACCCUCAGAGCUCCUUAUAUCGACCUAACCCCCUUUUCUUGUGAGAUUGAAGUGUUAUGGUGUGAUUCCUUGAAGAUUUUGAGAGAAGAAGGAGAGUAGAUCAAGAGGAGAAGAAGGAGGCCAAAUAUCUUGGUGUUAUUUCAGAGAUUCAUUGAGGUAUAACUCAGUUUCCUUCCGUUUUUAUGCUUAAAGUCCCUUCGAACACCAUUAAAGUCCUUCUUGAACCAUUUUCCAAGCUUGAUUAUGGAUUAGGGAUUGUAAUGAGUUGAUUAACCUCUAGAUCUAGACUUGUUUGAGCUCCAGAAGCUCAGAUCCAUGGCCUUUAUGGGAGUAAAUCGCUUGAAUGUCUUAGAUCUACCAUUUUAGCCUUUAUUAAGCCUUAAAUCCCCAUCCUAUGCAUGUAUACACGUAAAGUUGGAAACUUUACGUGUAAAACCUACCCUAAGAGCCCAGAUCUAUGUAUGGUAUGAACUGUAUUCAAGCAGAAUCGAGUAUAUAGUAAUUGGUUGUGAACGACUCGGCGAUUCGUUCAUUGGAGUCGGCGAGUCGAGUCGCGAGUCCCCAAGUUUUCCCUUUUUUCGUGUUUGCUGAGUGGAGUUGAGAGUCAUGGGUGGACUUAGUGACUUGGAAGCCAGACUCAUCUAUGGAGGGACUCGGUGAGUCAAUUCCUUGACUCGGCGAGUCCAAGGCAAUCUUCUUACCUCAAGAACAGACUCGGCGAGUUGUUCAUACAACUCGGCGAGUCGCAGCUUAGAGUGUUCAUCGGAUGAAGAUGAACUCGACGAGUUGUUCAUGCAACUCGGCGAGUAGGAUGAAGGACUUUUGGGCAUUAGUUUAGAAGGAGAACUCGUCGAGUCAAUGCCUAACUCGACGAGUAGAGACAGGAUUAAGGACAAUCGAAUGGGUAGGGACUCGACGAGUUGGCAAGCCAACUCGGCGAGUCGGGUCAACUGGAAGUUGAAUUUGACUUGGACUUUGACCUGGUCAAGGGUAAAAUGGUCAUUUUACCCUAAGUACAGCUAGCAGUGUUUGACUGAUCGUUUUGUGGGAAUUAUAGCCGGAGGACUUCCGGAACAGCAACAGCAGCAGACAGACAGUUCCCGCACGGAUCAGCAGCUAUUUCGAGGUGAGUUACCUUCCAGUAGCGGUGGGUCUAAGGCCACAAUGCCGGCCCACCAGUAGGAGACGUAUGAUAGAUGAUUGUCUUUGUGAUAUCAUCUAGGUUUGCUACUACCUGAUAUGUUAUAUGUUAGCAUGAUAUGUUGUAUGUGAUAGUCGUAGAGUUCGGUUGUUAGGACCGAAGGGUAGUAGGACACCCCGGAUACGUCUGAUAGUAUAUGAUGAUAUGUUGCAUGCUGGCUUGUUAUGUUUUAUGCGAUAGAGGUAAUAGGAGGGGACCAGUUCCCGAGUUCGGUUGUUAGGACCGAAGGGUAGUUCAGGCACCCCAGAUAUGUAUGAUAAUCUGUUCUGAUAUGAUAUGUGAUAGUAUUAGUAGCGGGGGGUGAAAUAGUCCUCGAGGUCCGGUCGUCAGGACCGAAGGGUAGUCAGCACCCCAGAAUGGCUUGACAUGGGUAGUCAGCACCCCAGAACGGCUAGACACAGGUAGGUCGGCACCCCAGAAUGGUCGUACCGGGUAGGUCGGGCACCCCAGAAUUGCCUGGCAGUAUGUAUGUUAUGUGAUUGUAUGCUAUGUGGUACGAUGGGGGAACUCACUAAGCUUCAUGCUUACAGUUUAUAGUUUUGG